UCUCAAGUCUUAACUCCCCUUAAGUAGUGCAUAGUCUAUAUAAACUUUGUUAUCUCCCUUUAAUCUUUCCAAAAUUUCAGUUCCUUAGCUUUGUCCAUUUCAUUAUUUCUACCUUUUCGUUCUUCUAGACUUCUCGUGAAAAAAGCCUCUCUCUUCUUGCUUUCUCGUGUGCAUUUUUUGUGUAGUACACAUAUACUUUUAUCAGCACAAAAAGUCUUAUCUCUUACUCCUUUAUUAUACUGAACUCCAUUGAAACAGAGAGGAAAAUUGCUAUGGCUCUACAGACACAUGUUGUUGUGUUACUUUUAUUAUCUUGUUUGUUUAGGUCUUCAUAUUCUUAUCAAUUUGUGGUUAAUUGGGUCCCUAAUCCUUCUGAAAAUUACAACAGUUUGUCUCAACGUUUGAGAUUCCAAAUCAAUGACUCCGUUUUGUUCAAGUAUAAGCAAGGAGGAGAUUCAGUGUUGGAGGUGAGCAAGGAUGAUUAUGACAAGUGCAACACAAACAGUCCAAUCAAGAAGAUGGAGGAUGGAAACUCCAUGUUCACAUUUGAUCGUUCUGGUCCUUUUUACUUCAUUAGUGGCAACAAAGAUAGUUGUAAUAAAGGACAAAAGAUACAAAUUGUUGUAAUAUCUGUUAGGAAAACAACCCCACCAGCACCCAAAACUCCGGCACCGGCCGCCACCCCUCCAGCAACCGCUCCGCCUAGCAACGGAUCAUCCACACCAUCUCCCUCUGCAGGUUCUACUACUCCACCACCCAAAACUUCAGCCCCUUCCGCCAGCUCUCCGGUGGCUGCUCCGCCUAAAGGAUCGUCCACACCUACUAUACCAUCACCAAAUGGGGCACCAACUUCUACUCCUACAGGUAAAACACCGACCUCAUCACCUACACCUGCCGGUUCAAAUGUAUCUCCUCCGUCUCCUGCGACCGGAGGAACUCCCACAAUAUCUCCGGCAGCAAAUGCACCGUCAACCAAUAGUCCAGGUUCUUCAUCACCGGCAGCAGGUGGUCCAUCCGGAAGUAUUAUUGCACCGACAGCAGGGGGACCAUCUGCAGGAGGACCGUCUGCAGGUGCAUUAGCACCACCUGCAGGCGGACCCUCUGCAGGUUCAUUAGCACCAGCAGGAGGACCGUCUGCCGGUACGUUAGCACCGGCUGGAGGACCGCCUGCGGGUUCAUUAGCACCAGCAGGAGGGCCAUCCGCUGGUGCUAAUGCACCUGCAGGAGGGCCAUCCGCCGGUGCUAAUGCACCGGGAAGUCCAGCGGACAUUAAUUCGCCAAGUGGCUCACCAGGCAACCCAAAUUCAUUUGCAGUAAAGGCAUUUACUCCAUCAGUUGUCCUUGUGUCAGCCGUUUCACUGGUGUUGACCAUGGCUCUGGGAGACUUUAUUAUUUCACCUUAGGGUAAAAUAAUAAGUAAAGUUUGUGUUUAUUUAUAGUUUCUAUCUCCUUUUUUUGUUUUUGUUUUUUUAAUUUCUUGAAUAAUUUGGAGAUUGGAGUGUUUAGGUAUACAAGAGAUGUAUUUAAUUGUUUCUUUUUAAUUUUUGUGGGUGACUUUGAAUUUGAAUUUAUGUGAGUAUGUAUCUGAUUAAUUCUA